CCUCAUCUGCUGCGGAAUAAAAGAAAUAUCGGCGGGCGCGGCGCCAUGUGAGCGGCGGGCCGGGGCCGGGCGGAGCAGCGGCCGUGCCCCCGGGACGGCGGGGCGAGCCCCGGGCGGCGCUCGGAGCCGGCGGUAUGGUGGAGAACCCCAGCCUGGCGGGCAGAGCCGCCCCGGUGAGGGCCGCGCCGCGACGGGACGGACCGGAGGGGUUCCGGGGCCGCGGGGGAACGGGGUGGGGACGCCCCGAUGGAAGCGAACGGGGCUCUCCGGUAGGACCACGGGGGAGGUACCAGAAGUGGGAGUUCCCCGGUGGGAGACGGGUCUUUUUGGGACUGAAAGGCAGGGACGGGGGUCCCCGCUCGGAUGCGUCCCGAGGGGUACCGGGACGCGGGGAAGAGGUGCCCCCCUUCCCCCCACCCCGAGUCCCGACAGCGGGUGCGGGCAACUUCGGGGAAGGGCCCCCGGUCGGGUGGCGGCGAAGAGAGUGGGGGUGCUUCCUCCUCCUCUUUCACCUCCUCCGGUGGCGGUGCUGAGGCCGUGCCCUGUGCCCGCAGCCGGCCGCCCCGCCGCGGGGGCCCGGGGCGGCUGGGGGGCUGCGCCUGGCGGCGGUGAUGGAAAGCCUGCAGCGGCAGCAGGCGGCCCGCCUGGCCCGCGGCCCCGACGGCGCACCCCGACGGCUGCCGCUCGAAGCCGCUCCUGGUCCCGGCCCCGCUCCGCCGCCCGCUGCCCCCCGCCGCCGCCCGACCCCUGGCCCGCGCCCGCUGCCCGCCGCAGCGGGGGAAGAGGAAGAGGAAGAGGAGGAGGAGGAGGAGGAGGAGGAAGCGGAGCCCUGCGACCCGCCGCCCCCCCCGCACCACGAGUGGACCUACGAGGAGCAGUUCAAGCAGCUCUAUGAACUGGAUGAGGAUCCAAAGCGCAAGGAGUUCCUGGAUGACCUCUUCAGCUUCAUGCAGAAGAGAGGUAAAGGGACGCCUGUGAACCGCAUCCCCAUCAUGGCCAAGCAAGUGCUGGACCUCUACACGCUGUAUCGGCUGGUGACAGACAAGGGUGGCCUGGUGGAGGUCAUCAACAAGAAGAUCUGGCGUGAGAUCACCAAGGGCCUCAACUUACCUACCUCCAUCACCAGUGCUGCCUUCACCCUCCGCACACAAUACAUGAAGUAUCUGUACCCCUAUGAAUGUGAGAAGAGGGCUCUCAGCUCACCUGGGGAGCUUCAGGCUGCCAUCGACAGCAACCGGCGGGAGGGGAGGAGGCAGACAUUUGGCACCGCACUCUUCAACUACUCUCCCACUGGCACCCCAACCCUGCUGGGCUCCCCCAAAAUGCCCUUGCCAGGUCUCGGCAUCUCCACCCAUAGCUGCAGCCAGAUCAGCCAAGUGCACGGUGUGAAGAAAGAGGAUGGCACAGUGCCUGGGCGCAUCGCCAUCCCAGUGGGGCUGUCCAGCCACCACCUCACAGCAGCCCAAGUGGCUGCAGCCUCGCAGGCAGCAGUGCUGGAGCAGUUGCGGGACAAGCUGGAGACUGGUGAGCCCCCGGAGAAGAAAGUGGCCCUGACGGUGGAGGAGCAGCAGCGGCUGAUGCAGCACGCCCUGCAGCACAACCUCCUGGCUGUAGCCUCCCAGUUCCCCAUGAACAUCAAAGUCUCCAACCGAGAUGACAGACAGGAGACCGCAUUGAACCUGUCCACCAACGGCAUUAGCAGUAUCAACAUGUCAAUAGAAAUAAAUGGAGUUGUCUACACAGGUGUCCUGUUUGCCCGCCGUCCUGCAGGCCCCUUGGCACCUGGUGGAGGGGGCACCCAAAGUGGGCCAAACCCUGCGGCCACCCUGAACCCACUGCCACCAGCCCCCUCACAAAGCCACACUCCCACUGGCACUGCACCUUAGGGGCAGUGCUCCUCAAAGAGCUGCACUCCCAAACACGGGGCAAGGAUGUGCCCAGUGGGGAAGGGAUGUGCCCAUGAGGGCCUGGGGGAACCUCUUGUUGUGGUGUGGGGCUGUGGUAAUGCAGCAGGCAACCAUGGGGGACCUUUCAUCCCUCAACCGCAGGUGUGCAGCUAGCCCUCACCCAUGUGAACCCCAAGCCAUGCAUCUCCUGUGACCUCCAUGCAGCUUUUGCUGGCCUGGAAUCCCAGCACCCCGCAAACUGCAUCCCCUUGAUGCAGUCACUGCAUUCCCCAUACUUGCCUCAGUACACUCACUGCAGCCCCUGUGUAUACCUCAGCUGCUACAGACCGUAUACCUUGAUGCUCACUUUACAUCCCCUGUGCACACCCCUGCACACUCUGCAUCCUCUGUAGUGACCUUGCUUCACUCACUGCCGCCCCUACAUACCUCAAUGCACACACUGCAGCCCCUAUACACACCUUGGUGCUUACACUGUCCCCUCCACAUUGCAAUGCUGUCUGACACACCGCAUUCCUUAUACACAUCUCUUUGCACACUGUGCUCCUUACAUAUGCUGGCAGUGCACACCCUGCAUCUCCCACACACAGCAUCACCAAUACACCCCCAACACUGACCCCUGUCCACCCCUCCCUGGUGCACGCUGUGUCCCCUACACAUUCCCCAUACACACCAUACACCCCCCACACACGCUCAGAGCAAUUGCUACGGCCCUCCCCCUCACUCCCCCCAUGCUGCCCACCCUGUGACACCCCCGGGGGUCACCCGAGGGCAGUGGCACCCAGCGCUGGGGACACCUCAAGCCCCCAGCUUGCGGGGGGGGGGGUUGCGUUGGGAGGCACACAAUGGGGAUACUGGUGGGACUGGUGGGGGGGGCAAACUGAGAAUGGGGGUGGGGCCUAUUGGGAUGGGGCUGUGGGUGGGACUUUAUGCCAGUGGGUGGGAGUAAUGCACUGUGGGAGGAGCUUGCUGGGGGAAGAGCAGGGCGGCACAGCCCACCAAAAACAAAGAUGUCGGGGUCCCCAUCUUGGGGCAGGGAGAUGGGGGGCCCUGAACUACCUCGUUGGGGAAGGGGGGAAGGGAGUGGCUCCUGCACCUACCUACGCCCCUGGGAGUCAAAGCAAAUGAGCGCGAGGCAACGCUCGCCUCUACCUCAGUGGGGGUUUGGUGCUGCCUGUGCCACCCCCACAGCAGCGUGGCUGUGUGUCUAUUAAAGGAACUGAACUGAA